AUGUAUAAUCAGUUGGCAAUAUCUUCUUCAUCAUCAUCAUCUUCUUCUUCUUCUUACUAUGAAUCUUUGAAGAUUUUGGAAGCUGAUGUUCAACACGCAAAUACUUUGGCAGAAGCAAUUCCAAUGGGAAAGAACAAUGUGCGGCUUCAGAUGAAACUGGUUCAUAGUAACUUUGCUUCUCUGUUACUGAUCUUGCUUCGGUGGAUUGAUCUUUCUUGCUCAUGUCUGGUUCCUCGCUACUUCAACCUCUUUCAUGUUCUUGUCUACAAGGUGCAUUCUGAUGGACAACCUAAGCUUACCACGCACGGAAGGAAAGCAACUAUCAGUGAGUUCUAUGGCGUGAUACUACCAUCGCUUCAGCUACUACACAGCAACAUAGACGAGCUGGAAACAGCAGACAUGGGGUUCGACCUUAAAAGACUCAGCAAGAAGAUAACAAAAGAGGCUCGCAGUAGCAGCAGAUUCAGCAAUGCAGGGUUAGAGCGUGAGGAAGAAUGCGGAAUCUGUUUAGAAACUUGCACCAAAAUGGUGUUGCCGAAUUGCUGCCACUCUAUGUGCAUCAAAUGCUACCGUAAUUGGAACUUGAAGUCUCAGUCUUGCCCGUUUUGUCGGGGAAGCAUGAAGAGAGUGAACUCAGAGGAUUUGUGGGUGCUUGCCGGUGAUAGCGACGUGGUGGAUGCAAAGACGGCUUCAAGGGAAGAUCUGUUCAGAUUCUACCUCUACAUCAAUAGCCUUCCCAAGGAUUAUCCAGAAGCUCUCUUCUUGGUUUACUACGAGUACUCAAAUCUUAUUUAG